AAAAAAAGCGAAUCCCAGUCACUGACUGAUCUCUUUACUCGUUGAAGUUGUCGGCGUAAGCCCACUCUCAUCUUCUUCGUCUUCCGCCGCUCUUCAUCUCCGCUUAUAAAUAACUACCCGACUUUCAUUACCGACCGUAAUAAGCUCUCUGCGUUUCAAUUCUCUUCUGCACAGAAAUAACUUUGUGUUUCAUGGUGAUGGCUCCGAGGAAGGAGGGUUCAGAAGUUAAAUACAGAGGAGUUCGAAUGAGGCCAUGGGGUCGCUAUGCAGCGGAGAUCAGAGAUCCGAUAAAGAAACUCAGAGUUUGGCUCGGGACUUUCGAUACUGCCGAGGAGGCCGCCAAAGCUUAUGAUGAUGCCGCCAUUUCCUUCAGAGGCGCAAAGGCUAAGACGAAUUUCAGCUACUUCGGCACCAGCCGAAAUGGCGGCCAACAAUUUGAGGCUUGUUCGACGAAGAAGAGAGUUGCAAAGGUUAAUGCUUCGUUUUCGGCUUUCAAGGCUCCUGAUAAUCAGCAGUACUUUUGGUCUGGCGGUGUGAAAGGGGAUCUCGUUUUUUAUGACAGUAGACAGAAUCGUUGUAAGGAGGAAAUAGUCUCGAUGCAACAAAGUGUUCAGAGCGAUUGUGAUUCCUUGUCGGCUGUUAUAGAUGAGGAAGCUGAGGCAGAGGCUCCUUCUGCGAGGAGAUUGCCGCUUUUGGAUCUUAAUCUUCCUCCUCCUGUUGAUGACAAAGUAGUUUGGCAAUAGAUCUGCUCAGAAGAGACAUUUAUCUGCAAUUAAUUGAGAAUUUUUUGUUUUUGAUACGAAUGAUUUCUUUUGCAACUUUAACCUUCAGAGAUCCAAGGGAAUUGACGGCGAAUGAAUGGAUGUAUAUGUAAUACCCCGAGUAAUAUCGUAAGGGUUCCAUUUUUGGGGUUCCUUUUUAAGUAAUACAGAAAAUUUCGUUCUAUUA